GGGUCUGGGGUCACCAUGGGGUUUCCCAUGGGUGUGGGUCUGGGAUUACCCUGCAGCAUCCCAUAAAUGUGGGUCUGGGGUCACCAUGGGGCGUCCCACUGGGGCCGUAGGACCCCACAGGUGACCACCACGAGCUCCAGGAGCCCCCCACCCAUCCCCACAUCCCCCCCAUUUCUCCCCAUAGGUUUCCUGAGCACGGGGGACCAGGCGGCCAAGGGCAACUACGGCCUGCUGGACCAAAUCCAGGCUCUGCGUUGGCUCAAUGAGAACGUGGGGCACUUUGGGGGCGACCCACAGCGCAUCACCAUCUUUGGGUCCGGCGCCGGCGCCGCCUGCGUCAGCCUCCUCAUCCUGUCCCACCACUCCGAAGCUCCAGGUCUCUUCCAGAAGGCCAUCGCUCAGAGCGGGACGGCCAUCUCCAGCUGGUCGGUCAACUACCAGCCCCUGAAAUACACCCGGCUGCUGGCGGCCAAGGUGGGCUGCGAGCGGGCGGACACGGGGGCAGCGGUGGAGUGCCUGCGGAGGCAGCCGUACCGAGCCCUGGUGGACCAGGACGUCCAGCCGGCGCGGUACCACGUGGCUUUCGGACCCGUGGUGGACGGCGACGUGGUGCCGGACGACCCGGAGAUCUUAAUGCAACAAGGAGAGUUCCUGAACUACGACAUCCUCAUCGGGGUGAACCAGGGAGAAGGCUUGAAAUUCGUGGAGGAUUCUUUGGAGAGCGAAGACGGCAUCUCGGCUUCCUACUUCGAUUUCACCGUCUCCAAUUUCGUGGACAACCUGUACGGUUACCCCGAGGGGAAGGACAUCCUGCGGGAGACCAUCAAGUUCAUGUACACCGACUGGGCCGACCGCGACAACGGCGAGAUGCGGCGCAAGACCCUGCUGGCCCUUUUCACGGACCACCAGUGGGUGGCCCCGGCCGUGGCCACGGCCAAGCUGCACGCCGAGUACCAGUCGCCCGUUUACUUCUACACCUUCUACCACCACUGCCAGACGGACGCCCGGCCGGAGUGGGCGGACGCGGCGCACGGGGACGAGAUCCCCUACGUCUUUGGGGUGCCCAUGGUGGGAGCCACCGAUCUCUUCCCAUGCAACUUUUCCAAGAACGACGUGAUGCUCAGCGCCGUCGUCAUGACUUACUGGACCAACUUCGCCAAGACCGGGUGG